AUGGCAGAGGCUGGGCCGCAGACCACGCUCCCGGCCGUGACGGCGGCAACUCCCGAGUACGGGAAUUUCAGCACCACGAACAGCACCAGCUCUGACUGGAACGUGCCGGACAAGUCACUGCAAAUUCUGCUGCCCGUGGUGUACUCCAUGAUAUGUUGUAUCGGACUAACAGGAAACACGAUCGUCAUUCACGUCGUCACCCGCAUGUCCAGCGCGCGAACGGUGGCCAACAGCUACAUCUUAAACCUGGCCAUCGCGGACGAACUGCUCCUGCUGUCCACGCCAUUCAUCUGCGUUGGGUACGUGACCUGGGACUGGCCCUUUGGCCCCGUCAUGUGCAAGUUGGUGUAUUUCGCAGACUCCAUCAACCAGUUCGCCAGUGUCUUCUGCCUGACUGCCAUGAGCAUCGACAGGUACCAGGCGGUGGUCCACCCCAUGACUUCCCGCGGGUACCGUACGAUCCGCCGCGCUGUCGUCAUCAACGUCACCAUCUGGAUCGUGGCUCUCGUGGUGGUGUCGCCCGUCCUCGCGUUUGUGGGCCUGCACGAGUCGGAGGGACAUGUCUACUGUAAUGUCUACUGGCCCAAGCCCGUGGAGGCUUGGAGGGUGGCCUUCAUCGCCUACAGCGGCCUCCUCGGCUUCGCGAUGCCGCUGACCAUCAUCACCGCGUGUGCCGUCUUCAUGUUCCAAAACCGCGUCGCCAUGUUUAUUGCAGCGCACUUCGGACACAGCUCGCUGGCAAAACAGUUGAUCCGCACCGGGACGCGCCCGGACGACCCGGUCGGAGAACACCCCGCGCGGCAGUGGUGCCACACGCUGUCCCACGUCGAAAGGCUGAAGACGCCUGUGCACGAGGCUGCAGAAUUCGGACAGCUGACGGUCCUGCGGGUCUUCCUGUUCUACGACUUCUCCUGCGUGACGCAGCCAGACGGCCACGGGCUCCUCCCGCUGUCCUACUCCCUCAGGAACAAGCACAAGGAGUGCGCGCUGUUCCUGCUCAACAAGAUCAGCGUGAUUCUGAACUGCCACGGCUCGGGCAUGGUCUGUUCCAUGAACAUCUACAGGAAAAUGCGGCGAUGGGCGAACCGAGCGAGGACUCGCGUGUGUCUGUUGAACGGCAUCGGGGGUGCCCUGUACCAGCGGAACCAGGACGUGUUCAAGGAGAGGGGACUCGUGGGACAGGGCGUUAUCGUGGACGGGUUCGGCAGAAGCGAGAGGAGCGCCGUGCCGAGGUCCAAGAUGCCGCGCACUCCUGCCGACACGUUCAGGAUCGGGAUGACUAACGUGAAAAACAUCCUUGUCAUCACACCAACCAAUGGGAAGAGGCCCCGACAGGAGGGAGGUCGCUGGAAGAGGACAGCGACCUCGAGGGCCGGCCCAGGCGCAUCUAAAGAUCUCGGACUAUCUGUAACCCCGCAUAAAGAGAGGUCGUCUCUACACUUACCGAGUAUGAAAAGCGGAAAGUGGAGCGCGUCUGUCAGAGGCAGCUUCAGCUCACAGAAGAGCGUUGAAGGUACGGAAGUCGCCGGAGAAACUAAAUCCUUCGGAAGAAAAUCUCCGGCCAGACUGGCGCUCCCAUCACUUGACGUGACCCAGACAAACCAACGACUGACCACCGGCCAGUCGAAGGGCCCCCUCACGCCAAGGAGCAAAGCUUCGCGAGGAAAUCAUGCUAAAAAUGGCGGGGACCUUGUUUUUGGGAGGCCCGAGGGCAGCCAUCCGGUAGUCAAGUCGCGGGUAUCGGGACAACCCCCUGAAGAUUCUCCCGACAAGAGAAAGACCAAACAGGCCAGCGUCAUCCACCAGCUGCCGCCCAUAGCCUGCCACACCAACACAGAGCUGUCCAAGGCCUUCCGUAACGCCUUCAGGACGAUCGAUUCACACGAAGACGCCAAGGGCUGUUUCCAGGUCGCCGCCUCCUUUAAGGAAAUGCCCUUCCUCAAACAGAUGAAAUUAGCCGCCCGCCUGACCAAACAGAGCGUCAAGAAUCAAAACUCAAUAUUGCAGAAGGGCGAGGUCAGGUAGCAGUCGAGCUCAAUCUUUGCCAGUUAGGGACGCAACGUCAGUUAAUGACUUAAGAAAUGACUUAAUAAGAAAUCCGUAACGUGACGAUAAAUGCUGUCGUCGAGAAAACCCCAUAGAUUUGGACACGAAAAGGUGUGCUUGAUUGAAAGGACAUGUGCCAUGAUGACAAGUUGAUCCACUUGAUCUUGCCCUAUGAUGUGUGUUGUUGCACCUUGUUCUAAAUACAUAUGUAUGUAGACAAACUGGUACAUACAUAUCCGCCGAGGUUUGCCAUCAAUCUAAUAUUGAAAUAUAGUAUUUUAGCCCUUAAAGCAAGACAAGUAUAUGAUAUUAGUCACAAAUGGUAUAUAUACAGAGAGAGAUAUGUUUUAUAUUUUCCUAAAUCUUCCAUCGAUGCUGAUUUAUGCUUUGAAGUGCCGAUUAAA